GAAAUUUACUGCACAGUUAAUGGAACUAAGCCUAAGAAAUAUUCUCCUCUCAUCGUGUUUCGCCAUUUGUCUCGCCUAUGUAAUCCACCAACACUUCUCACAGACAUCGGAUCCACGUGUAUAUCAUGUGACACCACCAUCAUUGGAAUUGGAUGACCGUCUAAUUUCAAAUGACAAGUACAGUAAAGUCGACAAGAUUCAUUUACAAUCGUACACCGGGCCUGAAAGCUUCGCUCUGCACAAUGGCUCUCUAUACACCACUGUAAUGGAAGGUAAAAUAUUGAAAAUAAGCGAUGCUGGGAUUACUGUUCAUGUAACACUCGCCUCACCAGAUUGCACUGAUUCUCAUCAGUGCAGUAGACCAUUAGGUUUGAGAAUGUUGAAGAAUUCCAGACAUCUUCUUGUGACUGAUGCAUACUUGGGUGUAUAUUCUGUAUCCCUGGAAGACGGUGGUGUUCAGAAGUUGUUUCCUUUGAAGGAUGAUUUCAAAGUUACAUUUUUCGAUGAUUCAUUUCUCCUCCCGAAUGGUAGUGUUUUUAUCACUGAAGCUAGUACAAAUUAUACUAUACAUGAAUUGUGGUCAGCACUUUUGGAGGGAUUGCCUAGUGGAAGGUUAAUUAUGGCCGACACAAAUACGGGUAAACACAGUGUAAUACUCGACAAUUUACGUUUUCCCAAUGGAAUCGAGCUUCAUAAUGACGGUAAAUCUAUCCUGGUUGCUGAAUCAAUGAAGUUACGCAUAAUACGGGUACCACUAGAUGGUGGUGAAGUUACCGUGUUCAGAGAUGGUUUACCAGGUUCACCGGAUAACAUAAGAGCCAGUCCACGUGGGGGUUACUGGGUUCCAGUUCAAGGUUUGCCUGAUUCACCAGUGAUGGCAUUUAUCUUUAAGCAGCUACCCGCUUGGCCUAAUGUUCGUUAUCUUUUCUCCAAGGUGGGUUCUCUUUAA